AUGGUUCAUUGCAUCGGUAUCGGGGUCCGGAUUGGUCAGGCAAAAGAACUUCUGGCAGAACUGGUAAUGGUGGAAGAAGAGAUAGCUCGUCUUGAAGAAGAAAUAAGCAGAAUUCAACAAGGUUUAACCAAUGAACAAGAACCUCGAAUAAAGGAGACUUCAAUAUCUAAUCAUUAUAAGCAAAUAAAUGAUAGUACGGUUUCACCUCUUGAUCAUCCAUCAACAACUCCAUCUCGAGCUCCCAGGACCAAAGUAAUGCAGGAGAAAGUUGCAAUGGAAACCAAACCUAUGUUCUUCAUAAACCAGGCAAUAAAAGGAGACUUCUCAAUCCAUGGUUUCACUAAUGAUGGAGAUAUCAGAAGCAUAGUUAGGACAAUUGGUAGAAAGGAAAAUCAGAGGGUGGUGGAACUAAAAGAGAGAGUUUCAAUGAAAAGCGGAAUGAUUGAUAAGGCAUCUAUGCCUAAGCUGCCCCCAAGACAUCCAAGUAGACCAUCAAAUGCUGAUGCAGAUAUGCUGCUCAAAUUGUUACAAGAACCUUCUUCCAUUACAAAGUCAUCAGAUAAGGACUAUCAAAAAUGCCAGCCAAACAAAUUAUCUGAGAAAAUAGUGAAAUGCUUGAUUUGCAUUUUCUUAAGGUUAAUAAGAACUUCACGAGCUGUGGAGCUAGAAAAAUCAGGCAAUUUAUCAAGGUCCAAUAGCUCAUUUUUAAGAUCAGGAAGCUUCAGAGUUGAUGGUAGUGUGAAUUUAAAUGCAAGCAUUACCACUCAAAGGGAGACAAGGCAGCAAGAUCCCUAUGGGAUUUUUGAGAUUGAAGGUUCUCUUUCGAGAGAUAUUGGUCCUUAUAAGAAUCUUAUUAAAUUCACAUUGAGUUCUUUGGAUUUAAAGGGAAUAUCAAAUUCUCUUUCUUUACUGAACCAAUUAAGGGUGCUAUUGAACAGCCUUCGAGAGGUGGACUUGAGAUUUUUGACCCACCAUCAGAAAUUAGCAUUUUGGAUCAACUUGUACAACACCUGUAUCAUGCAUGGAUUCUUGGAACAUGGUUUGCCUUCAAAUCCAGAAAAAGUGCUUGGUUUGAAAAAUCAGGCUGUGCUCAAUAUAGGAGGAAACAAACUAAAUGCUUUAGCAAUAGAACAUUUUAUUCUAAGACAACCAUCAAGCAUGAAAGAGGAUCAUUGGAAAGGCGAGAAGGAUGACAAAGAAGAAGCUGUACGGAGGAUUUAUGGAUUGGAACACCCAGAGCCUAAUAUUAUAUUUGCAUUAUGUUCUGGGAAUAAAUCUUCUCCAGCUGUGAAAAUAUACACAUCUGAUAAUGUCUUAAGUGAGUUGGAAAAAUCAAAGUUGGAGUACCUGCAGGCUUCCAUAGUGGUGACUUGUACAAAAAGGCUAAUGAUCCCAGAGCUCUUAUUCUCCAACAUGCAUGACUUUGCUGCGAACUUGGACUCAUUAGUGGAUUGGAUAUGCAACCAGCUUCCAACAUCUUGGUCCUUAAGGAAAUCUAUGGUUGAGUGUUUGAAAGGGAAAAGCAAUGGAAAAAUAUCAGACAUUGUGGAUAUAAUGCCUUGUGAUUUUGAAUUCCAAUAUCUAUUACCCAUGUGAAUAAUUUUUUGUAAGAUUAGCAUAAAAUUACGUGGUGCAUUGUGAAAAGAGAUAAGCAAUUGUUUGUGGGACAUAUAUGUUAAUGACUUUUUAAAUCAAAUUCUUUUUGAGGGAAUAAAUUUUGAAGUGAUUUUUAAAUAA